AUGGCCAGCUGGGCCUUGGAGCUGCUCGGCUUCUCCCUGAGCCUGCUGGGCCUCGUUGGGACCUUCAUUGCCACCAUCCUGCCGCACUGGUGGCGCUCGGCCCACGUGGGCACCAACAUCAUCACGGCCGUGGCCUACGUGAAGGGGCUGUGGAUGGAGUGCGUGUGGCACAGCACCGGCGUCUACCAGUGCCAGGCCUACCGCUCCCAGCUGGCGCUGCCCGCCGAGCUCCGCGCCGCCCGGGCCAUGAUGGUCACCUCCUGCCUGCUGGCCCUGCUGGCGGCCGCCGUGGCCGUGGUGGGCAUGAGGUGCACGCGCUGCGCCGAGGGCAGCCCCGCCAAGGCCGCCAUCGCCGGCUCCGGCGGCGUCGGCUUCGUGGCGGCCGGGCUGCUCUGCCUGGCGCCGGUGUCGUGGUGCACCAACGACGUCGUGGUGGAUUUCUACAACCCCACGCUGCCCGCUGGGAUGAAGUAUGAGAUAGGGCAGGCUCUUUAUCUGGGGUUCGUCUCCUCGGCCUUGACCAUCCUGGGUGGGGGCCUGCUGUGCACGUCGUGCCCCGGGAAUGAGGCGCCUUUCCCGCCGCGUUCCGGAGCGCCUCCGUCCUCCAGGCCACCCAGUGCCUCCAAGGGCGACCAUGCUCCUUCCCUGACAUCUGCAUCCCACAGCGGCUACAGACUGAGCGACUACGUGUGA